GGCGAUGAGCGGCGGGCUCUUCUCCUCGCUCGGUACGAAGAAGCAACCAAAUCCACGGCCCAAUGCAGCACAUCGUCAAACCCAGUAGCAGCAUCGACAACGAUGAGCCUUACAGACCUGCGCCGAGAGCUCGAGAAGGUUGGCGUGAGCUCGUCGACACCCGGUCUUCGCGGCGAAGAUCGGCGCGGCGCCCUCUACGAGCGCUGGCUCGGUCUCCAAUGCUCCAACCAGAAAGAGAUCAGAUUGGCGUCCAGUGCAGCGCCACUCGACGCCACCGGCGACGACGUUCUCGACCCAUCGCGCUCGCCCAUGAAGCAAAGCCAAGAGAAGCGGGCGAUGGCGCAAGCGCUCUACAACGACGUCCAAACACUGCGGCAGGCACGAGUCGAGGCCGUAGCGCGGCGCAUGGGCGACGAUCUGGCGUCGCUGGAUGCUCUUCGGCGAGAGCUCGAUGCCAUUCCAGCCGGCAACGUACCAAGUGAAGACGUGCAGACCCUCCAGAGCCGCAUCGCUGCCCUCGAGCGCAAGGAAGCUCAAGUGCGCGGACACGAGCAAAACGACGAUGUUCAUGGCGUCAGAGCCGAGGCAGAGAAGGUCGGGACAAUUGCGCAGCUCGAGUCGGAAAUUCGGGCGCACCACUGCCAAGGCUUCAAGGAGCUCGUUGCGAUGGAUGGUCCGCGCAUGAACCCCCUCUUGGCACCACCGACGUCUUUGAACCAUCUACGCCGGCAGACUCUCGGAAGUACGAUCGCCCGCGGCGGCAGCGAACGGACACUACCUGUCGUUGCUGGCCGAGACCGCAUCCAGACCUUCUCGGCACCACCGCCGUCCGCACCGGUUUCCAAGGCCGAGAAGCUCGGGCGAAAAGCCUUCUUCCUCCACCGUAUCAAGGGCGACUAUGACUUGGCCGAGCAAACGUUCAACGAAGCGAUCGAGCUGGAGCCGACCAAUAGCCAGAAUCUCGGACACUACGCGCUCUUCCUCGACCAUGUCCGCGGCCGUUUGGACGACGCCGAGGAGUAUUAUCUGCGUGCGAUCGACGCUCCCGCGACAGACGCCACGCAGCUGUCCAACUACGCCAGCUUCCUCCAGCGCAUGCGCAACGACACUUUUCGAGCCGAAGAGUACUACAAGCGCGGUCUCUCGGCGUUUCCCCGGGACGCUAGUCACAUGGGCAACUACGCGAGCUUUCUGCGCCUCGUCAAGGGCGACAAGGACAAAGCGCGUGUGUACUUAACAAAGGCGCUAGCCGUGCAGCCCGACCACAUCAAUAACCUAGUGCAAUUUGCGUCGCUUUUGACAGAGAUUGGGCAUCUCAAGGACGCAGGCGACGUCUACGAGCGCGCACUUGUGCUGGACGUUGAGAAUGCCAAUCUUUAUGGCAACUAUGCCAACAUGCUGCGCAAGGCAAACCAGCUCAGCCGUGCCAAGGACCUCUACCUGAAAGCGAUGCGCAUGGACCCGAGCAAUGCUAUCGUGGCCCAAAACUAUGCGCUACUUCUGAGAGAUCAUCCUUCCGUGCGAACAGGAGAGACCCGCCGGAUCCAAGGCCAUCCAGCUGACCAUCUCAAGCGUGUCGCGAACGACGUUCAUCUCCUCUCAAAAGCAAUCCGUGCCUUCCCAAGUGCAAAAUAGCAUCAGGCUACUUCAACGACCAGCACUCUUCAGUCGACCAUGCGCGUGGGUAUUCUUCCGCGCUGGCCAUAGAGUAGCUCUGCUGUUAACGCAGACGUUUGACUUUUGAUACGGCAA